CCGUUGUGUCCCCCUGUUGGCGACGUCAUCACUGUGCGCCAUUUGGGGCGGUGAAUUCCUUGUUGAGCGUGAUAUUAUUCAGCCGUGUCCACUUCGAGUUAUCCCCGUGCUAUUUGCUACCUUCGUGACAUUUGUCUAUUUUUUUGUUUUGAUUUUUUUCUUUUCUGUUGACGCAGGCCAAAUAUUUUGAACAUGGACCCUACGGAGGCCGCCGCCGAAGAGAAAACGACGACGGCGGGCUCCUCGCUGUCGGCGGCGCAAAGGCGAGCGGAGAUCCGCAGAAGGAAGCUCCUCAUGAAUUCCGAGGACAGGAUGAACCGAAUUGUGGGCUUCGCCAAGAACGAGGAUGACAGCAACGGAGGGUCCCCACGACGUCCGAGAGAACCCCGUUUCCACCUGGACCUCGACCGGACGGAGGCGUGGUCGCCCUCGCAACCCUCCCCGAGACACUCCCCCUUCCUGCCGGAGUCAGUCAGCCUAUCCCGCGGUGCCACCCCGGAGAGGAGGGACUCGCCCCUGCUGGGCGACGCGGCCGACGGCCUCCUCCGGGGCGCCCGGCAGAGGCCCAAGGCGGAGCCGGCGGCGGGCGGGGACGACGCCGGCGCCCUCCACCAAUACCUGUCGCGCUUUGACGACGCCAUGAAGCUGAGGGGCCAGCUGUCCAACGAGAAGCCGGCGCAGGACGGGCAGACGGACGGCGAGGAAUUUGACCCCUUCAACGCCUUCAGGCUCAUCUGCAGCGUCCUCCUCGCUCUUUUUGUCAGAGUGUUUGUCUGCAAGUAUUUGUCAAUAUUUGCUCCAUUUUUGACACUGGAACUGGCCUUCAUGGGCUUGUCCAAAUACUUUCCUAAGGUGGAGAAGAAGGCGCAGACGACGGUGCUCACCGCCGCCCUGCUGCUGUCGGGCAUCCCCGGCGAGGUCAUCAACCGCUCCAUGGACACGUACCGGCGCAUGGGCGACGUCUUUGCCGACCUCUGCGUCUACUUCUUCACCUUUGUCUUCUCGCACCAAGUCUUGCUGCUGUUGGGGUCCGAGGCGGGCGAGGCAGGAGGCGGGGCCUCAGCGGCGGCGGUAAAGCCUCAGUGACUGAACCGAACCGCGUCCUCGGACACCCGUCUUGCCAGUCGGACCUUGGUGGCGCAAUUGAGUGUUUUCAAAUGCACUAAAGUGGACGUUAUGAGAUUGUUUGGAUGUGCCUCGUACGUCAAGGUAUCGGCGUACUUGCAGCAAUCGUUUUUGCAUAUUGGGUGGAAUGAUUGCGCUUUUGUGUCGUGCUUCCGCCUUAAGUGUUUUUAUUAACUCGCCUAAGCUUCUUUAAUAUCCUCUCCGUUAAUUUAUUAUUGUGACUUUCCCCCCCACCCACCAACAGGCCAGUCCCAUUAUCUUGAUCUGUCAUCAUGUGUACUGCAUUUUUCCCUUGAAAAUACAUAUAUAUACAUGUCAAAUAAUUAUGUUGAUGUGGUACAAACUUUAAAGCAGUCCUGCCAAAUAAAUUCUGGUUAGUCGUC